GGGGGCACGGAGCUCGUCACGCGGCGCCACCGUCACAGCACCAGGAGCAGCCAGCAAGCAGCAUCAGUUCCAGGCUCGGGGACCCUCGCCGAUGCCAAUGCCCAUGCGGGGCCGCCGUCAGUGACGCCUGAGAGGUGACUCUGCCCUCUCUGGGGCAACCGCAGCUGCUGAAUUACCAACAAACUCUACAGAAAUGGCCGGGGCCUCUGUGAAGGUGGCGGUCCGCGUCCGCCCCUUCAAUUCCCGGGAAAUGAGCCGCGACUCCAAGUGCAUCAUCCAGAUGUCAGGAAGCACCACAACUAUUGUCAACCCCAAACAGCCCAAGGAGACACCCAAGAGCUUCAGCUUCGAUUACUCCUACUGGUCACAUACCUCGCCCGAGGACAUCAACUAUGCCUCUCAGAAGCAGGUGUACAGAGACAUUGGGGAAGAGAUGCUACAGCAUGCCUUUGAAGGCUACAAUGUUUGCAUCUUUGCCUAUGGGCAGACAGGGGCUGGCAAGUCCUACACCAUGAUGGGAAAGCAAGAGAAGGACCAACAAGGCAUCAUCCCACAGCUCUGCGAAGACCUCUUCUCUCGAAUCAAUGACACGACCAAUGACAACAUGUCCUACUCAGUGGAGGUCAGCUACAUGGAGAUUUACUGUGAGCGGGUCCGUGACCUCCUGAACCCCAAGAACAAAGGCAACCUGCGUGUGAGGGAGCACCCUUUGCUGGGGCCCUAUGUGGAAGACCUCUCCAAACUGGCUGUAACCUCCUACAAUGAUAUCCAGGACCUCAUGGACUCAGGGAACAAGGCUAGGACUGUGGCGGCCACAAACAUGAACGAGACCAGCAGCCGUUCUCACGCCGUCUUCAACAUCAUCUUCACCCAGAAGCGCCACGACGCCGAGACAAACAUUACCACGGAGAAAGUGAGCAAAAUCAGCCUAGUGGACCUGGCUGGCAGUGAACGAGCUGAUUCCACCGGAGCCAAGGGCACACGACUCAAGGAGGGAGCCAACAUCAACAAAUCUUUGACCACCCUGGGGAAGGUCAUCUCUGCCCUAGCUGAAAUGGACUCUGGACCCAACAAGAACAAGAAAAAAAAGAAGACAGAUUUCAUCCCUUACCGAGACUCCGUAUUGACCUGGCUUCUCCGGGAAAACCUGGGAGGCAACUCAAGGACAGCCAUGGUGGCAGCCCUGAGCCCUGCAGACAUCAACUAUGAUGAGACCCUCAGCACCCUGAGAUACGCAGACCGGGCCAAGCAAAUCCGCUGCAAUGCCAUCAUCAACGAAGACCCCAACAACAAGCUGAUUCGAGAACUGAAGGAUGAAGUGACCAGGCUGCGGGACCUGCUGUACGCCCAAGGUCUCGGCGAUAUCACUGACACCAACACUGUGCCCGGAGGACCCAAAUUGACCAAUGCCCUGGUGGGCAUGAGCCCCUCAUCUUCGCUCUCAGCCCUGUCCAGCCGUGCGGCCUCUGUGUCCAGUCUCCACGAGCGCAUCUUGUUUGCUCCAGGCAGUGAGGAGGCUAUUGAGAGGUUGAAGGAAACGGAGAAGAUCAUUGCUGAGCUUAACGAGACCUGGGAGGAGAAGCUGCGGCGGACAGAAGCCAUCCGAAUGGAGAGGGAAGCCUUGCUGGCUGAGAUGGGUGUGGCCAUGAGGGAAGAUGGUGGCACUUUGGGUGUGUUUUCUCCCAAAAAGACACCUCAUCUUGUCAACCUAAAUGAGGAUCCGUUGAUGUCAGAGUGCCUCCUCUACUACAUCAAAGAUGGAGUCACCAGAGUGGGCAGAGAAGAUGCAGAGAGGCGGCAGGACAUCGUCCUGAGUGGGCACUUCAUCAAGGAGGAGCACUGCAUCUUCCGGAGCGACUCCCGGGGAGGUGGAGAAGCCGUGGUGACCCUGGAGCCCUGUGAAGGAGCUGACACGUAUGUCAAUGGCAAAAAAGUCACUGAGCCCAGCAUCCUGCGAUCAGGGAACCGCAUCAUCAUGGGCAAGAGCCACGUGUUCCGCUUUAACCACCCUGAGCAGGCCCGCCAAGAGCGUGAGCGAACCCCCUGCGCAGAGACGCCUGCCGAGCCAGUGGACUGGGCCUUCGCCCAACGGGAACUGCUGGAGAAGCAGGGCAUCGACAUGAAGCAGGAGAUGGAGCAGAGACUCCAGGAGCUGGAGGACCAGUACCGGCGAGAACGGGAGGAAGCCACAUAUCUGCUGGAGCAGCAGAGGCUGGACUAUGAGAGUAAGCUGGAGGCCCUACAGAAGCAGAUGGAUUCCAGGUACUACCCAGAGGUGAAUGAGGAGGAGGAAGAACCAGAGGAUGAAGUCCAGUGGACCGAGAGGGAGUGUGAGCUGGCACUAUGGGCCUUCCGGAAAUGGAAGUGGUACCAGUUCACUUCUCUACGGGACCUGUUGUGGGGCAAUGCCAUCUUUCUGAAGGAGGCCAACGCCAUCAGCGUGGAGCUAAAGAAGAAGGUCCAGUUCCAGUUUGUCCUCCUCACAGACACCCUCUACUCCCCACUGCCGCCAGACCUACUGCCUCCCGAAGCUGCCAAAGAUCGAGAGACACGGCCCUUCCCCCGAACCAUUGUGGCAGUGGAGGUCCAGGAUCAGAAGAAUGGGGCCACCCACUACUGGACGCUAGAGAAACUCAGGCAACGCCUGGACCUGAUGCGGGAGAUGUAUGACAGAGCCGCAGAGGUGCCCUCCAGCGUCGUUGAGGACUGUGACAACGUGGUGACCGGCGGGGACCCUUUUUAUGAUCGCUUCCCCUGGUUCCGGCUGGUGGGCAGCUACCCUCUUCUCAACACAUGCAUGAGCGAGCGCAUGGCUGCUCUCACCCCCUCCCCCACCUUCUCGAGCCCCGACUCCGACACCACCGAGCCUGCCGAGGAGCAGAGCGUGGGGGAGGAGGAGGAGGAGGAGGAGGAGAAGGAGGAGGAGGAGGAGGAGGAGGACCUGGAGGACGACGUCUUUCCGGAGCACACGCUGUGCGACGGCCGGGACCCGUUUUACGACCGGCCCCCCCUGUUCAGUUUAGUAGGAAGGGCCUUCGUAUACCUGAGCAACCUGCUGUACCCUGUGCCCCUGGUGCACCGCGUGGCCAUCGUCAGCGAAAAGGGAGAGGUGAAAGGCUUCCUCCGUGUGGCGGUGCAGGCCAUCUCAGCUGAUGAAGAGGCUCCAGAUUAUGGCUCAGGGGUCCGUCAGUCAGGGACUGCUAAAAUCUCCUUUGAUGACCAGCAUUUUGAAAAGUUCCAGUCUGAGUCCUGCCCUGUGGUGGGGAUGUCCCGCUCAGGGACCUCCCAGGAGGAGCUGCGCAUUGUAGAAGGCCAGGGCCAGGGUGCUGACUCCGGGCCUUCGGCCGACGAGGUCAACAACAACACCUGCUCAGCUGUGACUCCUGAAGGCCUCCUAGACAGCCCUGAGAAGACUGCCCUGGAUGGACCCCUGGACACAGCCCUGGACCACCUUCGUCUAGGCAGCACCUUCACUUUCCGGGUGACAGUCCUGCAGGCGUCCAGUAUCUCUGCUGAAUAUGCUGACAUCUUCUGCCAGUUCAACUUUAUCCACCGCCACGACGAGGCCUUCUCCACUGAGCCCCUGAAGAACACUGGCAGGGGACCCCCUCUUGGCUUCUACCAUGUCCAAAAUAUUGCGGUAGAGGUGACCAAGUCCUUCAUCGAGUACAUCAAGAGCCAGCCCAUUGUGUUUGAGGUCUUCGGCCACUACCAGCAGCACCCAUUCCCACCUCUUUGCAAGGAUGUGCUCAGCCCCCUGAGGCCCUCACGUCGCCACUUCCCCAGGGUCAUGCCGCUAUCCAAGCCAGUGCCCGCCACUAAGCUCAGCACAAUGACACGGCCUUCCCCAGGUCCCUGCCACUGCAAGUAUGACCUGCUGGUCUACUUCGAGAUCUGCGAACUGGAAGCCAAUGGCGAUUACAUCCCUGCUGUGGUAGACCACCGUGGCGGUAUGCCCUGCAUGGGGACCUUCCUUCUCCACCAGGGCAUCCAGAGACGGAUAACCGUGACGCUGCUGCAUGAGACAGGAAGCCACAUCCGCUGGAAGGAAGUGCGGGAGCUGGUUGUGGGUCGCAUCCGAAACACUCCAGAAACUGACGAAUCCCUGAUCGACCCCAACAUCCUGUCCCUCAACAUCCUCUCAUCAGGAUAUGUCCACCCAGCCCAGGAUGACCGGCAGUUUCUUGAUUCGGACAUACCUAGAACCUUCUACCAGUUCGAAGCAGCCUGGGACAGCUCCAUGCAUAACUCUCUCCUGCUCAACCGUGUCACCCCUUACCGGGAGAAAAUCUACAUGACCCUCUCUGCCUACAUUGAGAUGGAGAACUGCACCCAGCCAGCCGUCAUCACCAAGGACUUCUGCAUGGUGUUCUACUCUCGCGACGCCAAGCUACCCGCCUCACGCUCCAUUCGCAACCUGUUUGGCAGUGGGAGCCUGAGGGCCACAGAAGGCAACCGCGUGACUGGUGUGUAUGAGCUCAGCCUUUGCCACGUGGCCGAUGCAGGUAGCCCAGGGAUGCAGCGCCGGCGCCGGCGGGUGCUGGACACUUCAGUAGCCUACGUCCGGGGUGAGGAGAACCUGGCUGGCUGGAGGCCUCGAAGUGACAGCCUGAUCCUGGACCACCAAUGGGAGCUGGAGAAGCUGAGCCUUCUUCAGGAGGUGGAGAAGACGCGGCACUACCUGCUCCUACGAGAGAAGCUGGAGACCACCCAGAGGCCUGGCCCUGAGGUGCUGUCACCAGCCUCCAGCGAGGACUCUGAGUCCCGCAGCUCCUCGGGUGCCUCUUCCCCACUGUCAGCUGAGGGUCAGCCAUCACCUCUGGAGGCACCCAAUGAGAGGCAGAGGGAGCUGGCCGUCAAGUGCUUACGACUCCUCAUGCACACUUUCAACAGAGAGUACACCCACAGCCACGUCUGCAUCAGUGCCAGUGAGAGCAAGCUCUCUGAGAUGUCCGUCACCCUGAUGCGGGACCCAUCCAUGUCUCCUCUGGGUGCGGCUACACUCACUCCCUCUUCCACAUGCCCCUCUCUGAUUGAAGGACGCUAUGGUGCCACGGAUGUGAGGACCCCCCAGCCCUGCUCCCGGCCCGCCAGCCCAGAGCCCGAGCUCCUGCCAGAAAUUGACUCCAAGAAGACUCCCUCCCCUGCUCGGGCGUCGGAGGCAGACAAGGAACCCCAGCGCCUGCUGGUCCCCGACAUUCAAGAGAUCCGAGUCAGCCCAAUCGUCUCCAAGAAGGGGUAUUUGCACUUCCUGGAACCGCACACGACUGGCUGGGCCAAGCGCUUCGUGGUGGUGCGGCGCCCCUAUGCUUACAUGUACAACAGCGACAAGGACACCGUCGAGAGAUUUGUGCUCAACCUCUCCACGGCCCAGGUGGAGUACAGCGAAGACCAGCAGGCUAUGCUCAAGACACCCAACACAUUCGCCGUGUGCACCGAGCACCGAGGCAUCCUGCUGCAGGCCAACAGCGACAAGGACAUGCACGACUGGCUGUACGCCUUCAACCCACUCCUGGCUGGGACCAUUCGGUCCAAGCUCUCCCGAAGGAGAUCUGCGCAGAUGCGGGUCUGAGCCGAAGCCUUCUGGACAUCCAGUGGCCCAGACCACUCCCCUGUCCUUCUCAUCUGUCCUGUCAUCUGCCACUCAGCCCUUCUCCCACCAGGGGACACCUGUGCUGGGUCCAGCAACCCCACCUCUGGUGGGAGGCCUAUACCACAUGACGAAUUGUGCCCCCCAGAGGUUUGCGUGUUGUUUCUUCCAAAAUUGCUCUGGCGAAAAGUUCGGAAUGCCAGGAAGGUCAGAGGGCACAAGACCCAGGGUAUUGCCUCUGUUCUAAUAUUUUUUUAAGCAUAGACAGACUUAUAAUUAAUAUACAUUAGUUAGUGGCGUUGAAACAGUCCUCUGAGACAUUAACUAUAAGACUGUGUUCUGUUUGUAAGUAUUUAUUUCUAAUGCCUCCAGGUAGGGCUGUAAGGUUCACGUGGAGCCCUUCCCAACACCUUGACCCCUCACCCCCUCAGCCUAGGCCCUGUUGGUUUCCACAUAUGUCUCCAGCCUGCUAGGAACAGAGAGAGAAAGGGGUGUGAACAAGCCAUGGCUCCUCACAGCUGGUCCAGGGAUGCUCCACCCUGGCCCGUUUUGUCUGAGAUGUACCUCUCAGGGUCUGUGUGUGAGAGGGGUCUGCAAGUCCCGAGACUUAGGUGACUCGGAUGGUGCAGUCUGCUGCUUCUGAGGGAAUGGUUCACAAGAUGGCGCACUAAGGGUGGGGCAGGCAGCUUCAUUCCCAGAGUGGGGAGAGUCAGAUAAGCAGAAUGGAAGGAGGUCACCCCUUGGAAGGCAGUGCAGCCUGGCUUCAGCUGGGCUGCACACAGGCUAUGGGGUAAAGUGGCCAGGUUUACACAGGGCUGUGGGUGGCAGAGCCCACUGGCAUUCAGGAUGGGGUCUCUGACUUUCGCCUUGGAUGCUGGUGAGAAGAAAACUCAAUGAGUGAUGUGUGUCCUUAUCAGGCAGUUGAGGGUGACCUCGUGGUGGUCUUGGCAAAGGGACUAUUCUCUUCUGCAUCUGGGGAAUUUCCAUAUCACAGGCCUAUUUGGAAACCUGAAGACAAACCUCAAGUCCCCAGCGCCCCUCCGGAGCAAUUACACUCCGCACCCAGCUAUUCCAGGCCUCUCUCUGCCUUCACCGUAUCCCCCACCCCCAGAUAAACUGCUGGGUCUGAGCUCCCUGUCAGACCAGCCUGUCUCCACACAGUAGUGACAUGACAUGAGACUCUUGAGGCCAUUGUUCACAGAAUCUCUACUGACUGGAAAGGCAUAGCAGACGGUUCUGGCUUCAAGGGCCCUGCCCUUCAUCCAGGCAUCAAGAUUCAAGGUGGUGUCAGGGUUCAUGCUGGCAGUCGUGUAUACACCUACCAGCCAGCGUGAGCCCUGCCGAGAGUGAGAAUCCACCCAUCACUGGGGACAAGUGCCGUAUGGGAGGCCACCAUCAUGCCUGACUAGCCUCAUCCCCAGGACCCAAGGUAACAGUCCUUAGCAUCAGGUCUCAAGAAACCCCAUCUUUGAAAUAUAGAAUAAGACUUACUUCUACAAAUCCAGAUCAAGAUGCCCACCCCCGGACCAAAAUUAAACCAUAACCAGAAAUCAGGUGACCUGGGCUGUCUAACACGGACCUUGGAGGCUGAGGUAGAGUGGAGAGAAGACAGCUGUGUGCUUGACUCUGACCCUCGUGACGUACAAAAAGGAGGGAAAGAGCAAGAUGCUUAGAUUCCUUGGUUCCCUGGGGCCACACAGCCACGCAGCCCCCAGCAGGCAGAGAGGCAGCCAGGCCUGCCAUGCUCGCUCAGGCCAACCAACCUGAAGCUGAGGCCUUGGAAGGGUCUGGCUGCACCCAGCACGUGGGUGUCUGAGGCCAGCCAACCUACAGAGCCCCUGUGCCUGGGUCGAGUUGUAGAAAGGCAGGAACUCUACCCUCCGCACACACACACACACACACACACACACACACACACACACUAUUCAGAGGCCAUUCCGUUUUGGCCCAAUGCUAUCCUGGCAUUGUCUAGGAACCAAGGUGGGCUCCCUGCUUUUGUGGGAAGUCCUGGGUCAGAGUCUAGUAACCAGAACUGGUUGAGCAAGAACCCCAUCUACAGCUCAGGAAACCUGAUUUCUUCAUGCCCGCCCUGCCCAAAACCAUGUCAGCUGAAGGUCGUUUUUCUGAGCCGACACCGAGGGCUGACUUGUAGACGGGGUUUAGACUCAUGUUAUAAACCAGAAGCACGUCUUUCUGUUUGCUGCUAAGUGCAGGGAGUGAGACGGGUCCAGAAAACCACUUCCGCAGACAGUUUGGUUUUGAUACUUGAUGCUGCUCAGGCUGUGACAUCAGUGUAGUUUGGGAUAAUCAUCUUUCCUGGAGAGGGUGGGCUGCUUCUGCGUCCUGGGAGAACCCGGCCCUGUGCUGAGUUACUGUGAAACCCUGCUACUGCCUGGAUAGCACAUCUAAGGCCUCCUGUCCCGCUCGAAGGAAUCAUGCCAACCACGCGUGUGCACACUUACACACUCACACGCACACACAAAACAGCUGUACUAAACUGUUCUCCUUAUCUCUCCUGGUCCCUGGAGACCCCUGAAUGUCUUGGGAUUACUGAAUGUGACUAAUGUUACAGAUGUGAACAAGGCUACGGUGUUGAUUCUCUGCUCCACCUAGCGUAAGGACCUCAAGAGACACAUUCCUUUACCCGUGGGCCUGGAGCCAUGCAGUCCCCCAGAAUGGACAGAUGCCGUGGCUGACCCGAGUCUCUCCUUGAGCCUGGACCUCCUGUAGUCUGUCUAUACCGAGGGCCCCCUGCAACUCAGAGGCUGUGUCCCCGACUUGUACAUAUGGGAUUGCCGUGGGCACCCCCUGGCCCCCGUGUCGUAACCAUCGACGUAAUGACUAGUAUCCUGCUGUUUACACCUGAGUGUUAGCUGUAGGCCCUUGUACUGUGUGUGUGCACUUAGGGCUCUGUUCAAUUAAGAAAUAAACGUGGCUCUCAUGCAACACACAACCAUUCA